AUACUACAUUACCCACAAUUCUGGGACUGAGCUGCCCAUUUUUUUAUUUGUACUUUUUUACAGUAAAAUCGAGUGACUUUUUGUUUGUCUGUGGUCCAAUCAAACGUGGGCGUGCCUUGACCUUUAAGGAGCAGACGUUCCCAGCAAAGCACAUUUAGCUGAAGAGGAUGUGAGUUGUGCUGAGUCAGCAUGAGACCACGCUUGUGCGUCUUCUGGCCAAAAGGGGAAACGUGGCGGGUUUGGAAACUUCCUCUUUCUCAGAGGCGAACUUACCCACAGACGGUGAUUGGAGUGGAAUAGUGAGGGAAGGUUCGCUUAUUUAAAAAAAAUAAAAAUAUAGCAAAAACCCACGCCAUGCGCAACUUCCGGUGUGAUGCCACGCUGUGGUCUACACACAUGUGAAACUCCCGCCUGCCAUCAGAGCGCCACAGAUGAUCAGAUGGCUCACACGGCGACAUGGCCUCUUCUCCUCCUUUGGCUCGUCUGCCUCUGUUGCCACGCCGACGGAGACAGCACCACCAACUAUCCUAGGCCCAAGACCGUGGUCAGCCCGCGCUGUGAGAAUGUUCUAGAAAACUGUCUCAGCGGGAACCUUUCCUGGACCAGGUGUUACAAGCAGCACAUAGUCAGGUGCACCCUGACAGGCCGAGGGAAGCCAGGCUUUAUUUUCCUUGAAGUUGAAACAUCCAAUAAGGUGGAGGUGCGUCCCACAGCGGAUCACGACGUCCGCAUGCCGUCGUCGGCCCUCCAGAGAGCGGCCAGUGGCGAGAGGAGCGGCCGGGUGGUGGUGGUGGUGGUGGUGGUGGUCACCGUGCUGGACAGCAAACACUUCCAGACUUCAAGGAGGAAACGUGGACGACGAGUGGGAGCGACACACACCGUGUUGGGGGACACCGUGCUGGUGGUGCAGGCAGGAAGUUCUACGCUGAAGAACCUCUCCCAGCCAGUCGUCAUGUCCUUCAAGCACAACAACACGGUGCGUGAGGGCAGGUGUGUGUUUUGGGAGGAGUCGGCCCAGGAAGAAGGGACAGGCUCCUGGAGCUCAGACGGCUGCGACACCAACGACACAGGAAGUCACUUUGUGUGCCGCUGCAACCACCUCAGCUUCUUUGCUGUACUCGUGAACGCCGACGUGUCGCUGAGCAAAGAAGACGCCGUCAACCUGAGUUUGCUCACAAUGGUGGGGUCCUCGCUCUCGGCCUUCUUCUCCGCCCUCAGCCUCUUCCUCUACGUCUGCCUGCACAGGCAGCCGCCCGAGCGAGGCGGGUGUCUUCAUGCCCACCUGACGCUGGCGCUGCUCUGCCUGCACCUGGGCUUCCUGGCCUGCAGCCUGGGGGCCCGUGGGCCGGACUGGUCGUGCGGGGUCCUGGGUCUCCUGCUGCACUGGGCCCUGAUGGCCACCGUCACCUGGUCGGCGCUGGAGGGCUUCCACCUGUACCUGCUGCUGGUGCGGGUCUUCAACAUCUACAUCAGGAGAUACCUGCUCAAGCUGAGUCUGCUGGGCUGGGGUCUGCCCACGCUGGUCUCUCUGGUCUGUGCCGUCUUCCAAGUCUACGGCAAGUACCAGCUGCAGUUUCCAGACGCCAACAAUCAAACCUUUACGCUGCAGAUAUGCUGGAUGAGGAGCGAGUGGGCUCCCAUCAAGACGGUGAUCCUGGUCACCUCGGUGGUCUUCCCCAGCCUGGUGGUCCUCUUCAACUCCUGCAUGCUGGCCCUGGUGCUCUUCAAGCUGCGCACCGGCGGCGGCGGCUGGCAGAAGAAGGCCAAAGGUGGCGGUGGCCGCCUGUGGAAGGACAGCGUGAGCGUGCUGGGCCUCAGCUGCCUGCUGGGACUCCCUUGGGGCCUGCUGAGCGCCACCUACGUGUCGCUGGCCGGCAUCUACCUCUUCACCGCCCUCAACUCGAUGCAAGGUGUCUUUGUCUUCUUGUGGUCUUUGGCUCUCACCUGCAAGUCUUCGUCUGACACGUCCUCAUCUUCAGGUGACACUUCCUCUCAGAGGAUCAUCACCACCUCCUUCAACAACUGACACCUACUUCACACACACACACAAAAUAAAUAAAAAAUAUAUAUACAUAUUUAAAAAAAUAUAUAUAUAUAUUUAUGGAAUAUACAGAUGGGACGUUUCAUGAGAGCAGAGUGUGUAUGUGAGUAAGUUCUUGUAUACCUGCCUUUCUUGAAACACCAAGAAGGAAAAGUAUCUUCCAUAUGAGGAGGUGUGAAGAAGUGAUGACAUAAAUGAUGGCCCCAAUAUCAUUGCAUCUAAUAGACAAUGUUUCAUUUGCACCCCUGCUGGUCAAAAUGAGGGUGGUCCCAAAAAGGAGGGAUUUUUCACAUUGACUGUGUGUCGCUUUUAAAAAUGCUCCCCCUCUGGCCAACAUAUGAAAUAACAAGUGUGUGUAUGAAAUUGAAAUGCGCCCCCUUUGGCCAAAAUUAAUACAAAAAAUAAAAAUAAAUAUGUAUUGAGACAUACUAUAAUAACGUGAACUAAAUAAUGAACAUUAAAAAAUAAAAUGAACUAAAAGCA